GUGCUAAAGGUCGUGUCUACAAGUGUGAUCGGGAUCCUCCUGUGCCCAGCCAGCGCGCUAGUUCUGGAAGCAAAGCAGAAACAGCUAGCUGUCCUCCGCAAGCAGGUUCAGCAGCUAUCUCGGUCCAUGUCUCCUGAGGCUGAUGCUCCUGAGCUGCAGCCCCAGACUGAUUCGGCAAGUGGCCCUGAGCUGCAGAAGAAGCAGAAGGAGUUGGAUACUUGCGAAACAGUGUUGGCGGCGCUGGAGAUGGAGAUCACUGCGUCGAAGCCCCUGGGCACGCAGGUGCAUGGCAUUGGUAACAACCAGCAGAUUGCCAAACGCAAGCUGUCGAUUGACACCGAGGAAAAGCGUCGGGUUGAGAAGCAGAAGUUGGUCCAAGAACUUCGGCAGCAGGUGGACGACAAAGAAAAG